GAGCCGAGAUCCUCUCGCGGAGGGAAAGUUUGAGCGUUUGGUUUCCGUGUUUGGUGGGUCCGUGUGGUGCAGUGCCUGACUUAACAGAAGUGUGUAGCAGUCCCAGCAGACGGCGGAGCAGUGACACAACCUCUUGAGAACCGAAAGCGCGGCUCCUGCGACCGAUAGCAAGGGUCGUGACCCUGUACAGUAGCAGCCAACAUGGCAGAAGCUCACCAGGCGGUGGCCUUCCAGUUCACGGUCAGCCCGGAUGGCAUCGACCUACACCUGUGCCACGAGGCGCUACGCCAGAUCUACCUCUCUGGCCUCCACUCCUGGAAGAAAAGGUUCAUUCGCUUCAAGAAUGGGAUAAUGACUGGUGUGUACCCGGGCAGCCCUGGUGGGUUCAUGGUAGUAGUUGUCUCCUACAUGUCCUACAAUCAAUAUAGACAGCUGGAUCCCUCUAUGGGCUUGAUUGCCAAGCUGGGUCAACACAUGCCCAUCAGUCGAUACAUAUCCACUGACAACCAGAGGAUAGUUGGAGGGGUUCUGGUGGGCACGGGCCUGUGGGUCACCAUAAUCAUGAUUAUGAGGAAUGUCCUAAAGUCCCUGUUGUCGUGGCACGGCUGGAUGCAUGCCCGCCACGGCUCUGUGUCCUCGUCCACUCGUCUGUGGCUGGUAUUAGUGAAGGUGUUCUCUGGCCGGAAGCCAAUGCUCUACAGUUUCCAGAACUCCCUGCCUCGACUCCCUGUUCCCAGUAUCAAGGACACCUGCAGAAGGUAUCUGGAGUCAGUGCGUCCACUGAUGGAGGAUGAGCAGUACGAACGGAUGGAGGGCUUGACUAAAGAUUUUGAGAAGAAGCUGGGACCGAGACUGCAGUGGUACCUCAAACUCAAGUCCUGGUGGGCCUCCAACUAUGUCAGUGACUGGUGGGAAGAGUACAUUUACCUGAGAGGCCGUGGGCCCAUCAUGGUCAACAGCAACUAUUAUGCCAUGGACUUCCUGUAUGUGUUCCCCACCUCCAUCCAGGCUGCCAGAGCAGGAAACUCCAUCCAUGCCAUCAUGCUCUACAGGAGAAAACUGGACAGAGCCCAGGUCAAACCUAUUUACUUGCUGGCGAACAAGGUUCCUCUGUGUUCGGCUCAAUGGGAGCGGAUGUUUAACACCGACCGCGUCCCUGGUUUGGAGACAGACGUCCUCCAGCACGUGAACGACAGCAAACACAUCGCCGUGUACCACAAGGGCCGCUACUUCAAGGUGUGGAUGUUUUAUGACGGGCGGUUGCUGUUGCCACGGGAGAUCGAGCAGCAGAUGGAGCGGAUCUUGGCCGACAGCUCUGAGCCACUCCCCGGAGAGGAGAAACUAGCCGCACUUACUGCAGGAGACAGGACCCCGUGGGCCAAAGCUCGAGAAACCUACUUUGGCCGCGGUAAGAACAAGAACUCUCUGGACGCCAUCGAGAAAGCAGCCUUCUGCGUGACCCUCGAUGACACUGAGCAGCGCUUCGAUGAAGACAACCCGGUCAAGUCUCUGGACAGCUACGCCAAGUCCCUUCUCCACGGAAAGUGCUACGACAGGUGGUUUGAUAAAUCCUUUAACCUGAUAGUGUUUAAGAACGGCACCAUGGGACUGAAUGCAGAGCAUUCCUGGGCAGAUGCUCCAAUCAUUGGCCAUCUCUGGGAGCAUGUUCUUUCCAUGGAUCCUUUGAAGUUGGGGUACACUGAGGAGGGCCACUGCUGUGGGGAGCCCCACCCCAACCUGCCAGGUCCUCAUAGGCUGUCGUGGGACAUCCCUGCUGAGUGCCAGGAGGUCAUCCAGAGCUCUCUGACAGUGGCCAGGAGUCUGGCUGACGAUGUGGACUCUCACAUUUUCCCCUUCAAUGACUUUGGCAAGGGUCUGAUCAAGAAGUGCCGCACCAGCCCCGAUGCCUUCAUCCAGAUCUCCCUGCAGCUGGCUCACUUCAGGGACAAGAAGAAGUUCUGCCUGACCUACGAAGCCUCCAUGACGCGCUUGUUCCGUGAGGGCCGGACAGAAACUGUGCGUUCCUGCACCAUGGAGACUUGUGCCUUUGUCCGUGCCAUGAUGGCCGAUGAGACCAGAGAAGAGCGUCUCAGUUUGCUGAAACUGGCAGCGGAGAAGCACCAAAACAUGUAUCGGCUGGCGAUGACGGGAGAGGGCAUCGAUCGCCACCUUUUCUGCCUCUACGUGGUCUCCAAAUACCUCGGAGAAGACUCCCCCUUCCUCACCGAGGUCCUCUCCGAUCCGUGGAGGCUGUCCACCAGUCAGACGCCCGUGCAGCAGGUUGACCUGUUCGACCUGGUCAGAUACCCCGAGUACGUGUCCUCCGGAGGUGGAUUCGGUCCAGUGGCUGAUGAUGGUUAUGGCGUCUCCUACAUCAUCGUUGGGGAGAACCUAAUCAACUUCCACAUCUCCAGCAAACACUCAAGCCCAGAAACUGACUCUCACCGUUUCGGCGGCAACAUCCGACAGGCCAUGCUUGACCUACUGGAUCUCUUCCAGCUUGAAAAGAAGACCAAGUGAUAAGCCCUCUCAAAGGGUGGCAUUAACUGAAGAAGUUGUUUUUAGCCAGGAUUGUAUUCGUUCUGAGGUUUGUACAGAAUCAAAUAUUGGAUUUUGGGUUAAUUGAUGUUACAGAAAUAUGAAUGAUUGAGAGUUUUUGUCAAUCUGUUUGUGAGGCAGUUAUGCGUACUGUAUGUAUAGGCAAAGUGAGCUACUGGUGUUAUGGGGUACAGGUAGUGCACAGUUUAAAAAAAAAAAAAAAGAGUGUGUUCACAGGACUUUUCGCAUGGGUGCCUUAGUGACCCACUAAUGUAAAAAGGGAAGGGGAAAUUAGAGCGCUUGUCUCGUAGCACGUCUGUAUUACCACACGCAAGGACAUGACGGCUAAAGGAAUCACAUUUGAGAAAUGAUGCAAUAUUUGUAUUAGUUUCGGUCCCACUUUUGAAAAUCGCAUACAUUUAUUUAUUUUUCUUUUCAAAUUGCAGUCACGUCAAAGCAGAAAAUUGCGAUAUUCAAUGUCACCAACAAAUUGCAUGUUGCACGGUGUCUAUUAAUUUCACGUGGCUCAGUUUAAAUACAGAGUCUGAAUGUCUAGCCUGAACAGUUGUAACCACUAAUGUUAAUUACUACGGAGGCCAGAAAGAGUCAAUCAGUUGAUCUGUAACAGUAAUUACAAAUAUUCAGCUUUGAUCUGGAACGUGACCCUAUAACUGAGGUCCUGGAUGCCAACCGUGGAGCAACACGCUGCUACGAUCUCGUGAUGCGGCGUAAAAGCACAUAGUGCUCGUGUUUGUGUGUUUGUCAUGUUCAUGCUCGGGUUUUUCUUUUUAACUUGGCCUAAUAUUCGAGAGUGCUGGCGACCGCAUUGGAAGAUGAGUGCUCAUGUUGCAGAUUUCACGUGAAUGUGCAGCAGAAGAGAUUGAGAUGCCGUGUGACCCCGAUGUGCCGGAGGGGAGGACAACCUAACGGCUGCUGUGGAAGUGUGGGGACUGGCAGCGUGGGCGGAGCUUCUGGGGGCAUUGAUGACAGAGUAUGUUUCAGUUUUUUGUGUAAAAAGAAGAAGAUGAAGAGUGGGUUAGCAGUACUUUGUUGUGCACUCCACGACUCCAAACUAACAAAUUCCCAGCUACCUUUUGGAGCUUUUCGUCAGAUCAACAUGAGUCGCAAACCUUUUGAGCAAAUAGGUCGUCGGUUACAACAUAUUAUUCGUUGGUAUUUCACUAUCAAAAUGAGGGUGCAGAAUCACUAACAAGGUUGUGAUGUCGCCAGUAAAGUACAAACUGUUUAUUUCUCCUCGUAAUACUAAGUGCAGAUUUAGAAGGGCUGUCACGUAGGAAUGCAUUUCUGUUAUAUGUUGUCAGUUAAUCAUAUUUAUUUGUUUCCAUGUUUAAACUUCUUUAUUAAAACGUGUAUAUUUACCAGUUGAAUGUGGCGAACGAUGAGCACCGAGUUAAAGCUUUGCUCAUUUAAGAAGUGAAACAGACAAAAUAUCUCCUCUUUUUUUGACAUGACAGUUUUGUUCUCACAGACUUUGCAAGUACACUCAAGUUGUAUGACAUUUUAUCUCAGUAGACCUCAUGUUGACACUGCUGCAUGUUUUUGUUUUCUUGAAGAUGAAGCUGUAUAUGUUUGCCUUUUAAUUCAAAGAUGGUGUAAAAAGACAAGCAGCUGGUAUACCAAAAUUAGUUUUAACAAUAAAGUGAAUGUCAGACAGCUGUA